AAAGUUACAGGAAUAAUGGAUGAUAAAGAAAUAAAUCUGGCGGGCGGGGGAUUCUAAAAUGGUUUAGGCGGCAACCAAUUUUCCCUCUUGUGUUUUCGUCAAAUUUCAAACUCAAACAUCAUUACAAGAAGAAGAAGGAGGAGGAGGAGAGAAAUGGGAGGAGGGUCAAUGAAAUCGAACCCAACCAAGGCAAGGAGGAGAGUGGAGGCCACUGAGACCGGGGAGAACUCCCUGUCAACCGUACCACCUUCUCUCGUUCGCGGCAAAGAUGGCAGUGCCUUUGCCCGAUGCGAGGAGUGCAACAAGGACGUGCCGGUGGCACUCAUCAGCAUGCACAGUUGUAGCCUCGAUGCCAAAAUCAAGCUCAACCUCAAGGCUCAAGUUGUGGAAAAGCCCCCUGAAGUGAAAAGGAAGCUUCCCGCUGACAGAAAGAGGUCCACCACCACCACUUCACAACCAAAGACGUCAAAGAGAGCCAAGAAGGACAAAGAUCCAAAUGCACCCAAGCGCCCUCUCACCGCCUUCUUCCUCUUCAUGGAUGAUUUCAGGAAAUCCUACAAGGAAGCUAAUCCUGAUUCCAAAGGCGUUAAGAUGGUUGCAAAGGAGGGUGGUGAGAAGUGGAAGUCUAUGACUGAUGAGGAGAAGAAGCCCUACGUGGAUAAAGCUGCUGAGCUUAAAGAAGAGUACAAAAUAGCACUGGAGAGUGACAUUGCAGAAGCUAGGGAUGGUGAAACACCGGAAGGGGUUUUGGAGAAAGAAGCUUCAGAGAAGGAAGGGGAGGAAGAAAUAGCCGAUGUUGAUGAGUAGUACUAGCGUAUUAGUAUUAGGAUAGCUUCACAAAUCUUUUCAUAUAAAGUUUCAUGUUCCUCUCUUUGGAGGGAUUGAGUCUAAUGCAUGUUUCUGGAUUCUUGUAAAUUCUGAGGCUGUUUGUUUCUGAGCUAUCUAUGGCUUUUCUGAAACUGGUUAUGAUAUGUAUCUUCUUGAAUGAUUCCCAAGCAUCCUUUUUUCUUUCGGUAGACUUGUGAAUGCAAAUUUAGUAGUUGAGCAUUUCAAUUCCAUGUGUUUUUGUGUUUUAAUUGGUUGGUGUAUGUUGAAACAUAAAUUGCCUACUUA